AUGAGUGGAGGCGGAUUGGCGGCUACACAGCGUAUACCCCCAAAAAGGCAAACGCUUGAUGAAGCAUAUGCACCUCCCGCAAAUUUUCUUGAAAUUGAGGUGGUAAAUCCAGUCACCCAUGGUGUUGGCAAAACAAGGUAUACCGACUAUGAGAUCCAUCUACGAACGAAUUUACCAAUUUUUAAGUUAAAGGAGUCUACCGUUCGACGCCGGUAUUCAGAUUUUAAAUGGCUACGUGGUGAGCUUGAACGCGACAGCAAAAUCGUUGUUCCUUCUUUACCGGGAAAAGCACUGAAGAGGCAGCUUCCGUUCCGAUCAGAUGAUGGUAUCUUUGAAGAGUCUUUCGUUGAAGAACGAAGGAAAGGUUUAGAGGUAUUCAUAAAUAAGGUCGCCGGACACCCUUUAGCACAGAACGAACGGUGUUUACAUAUAUUUCUGCAAGAACCUAUUGUAGACAAAAACUAUGUCCCUGGAAAGAUGCGAGCAACUUAA